AUGGGGAAUCUCAUAACACUACAAAUCGGCCAGUGUGGCAACCAGAUAGGGGCUGAAUUUUGGGAUCGGAUCUGUUUAGAACACGGUAUUUCCAACUCCGGCGUUGUGACAGCUAAAAUUGAAAGAGAUAGAAAAGAUGUCUUUUUCUACGAAUCUAGCGAUGGGCGCUUCUUCCCAAGGAGUUUACUGAUUGAUCUAGAGCCCCGUGUCGUAACGGCAAUUGCUCAGGAGCGACCAGGACUAUUCUCACCCGAAAGUUUUUGGAUCGGUAGUGAAGGCGGUGGAGCAGGAAAUGUUUGGGCUACAGGCUACCAAAGAGGCCGAGAGAAUGCUGAAGGACUACUAGAACUCGUUCAGCGUGAAGCCGAAAGUUGUGACUCUUUGGAUGGUCUUAUAAUCUUUCAUGCCGUAGGAGGUGGCACAGGUUCAGGAUUAGGUUCAUUUAUACUAGAAGAGUUAAGAGAACGUCUGCCUAAGAAGGCUCUUCAAACAGUUUCAAUCUUCCCUAAUAAUGAAGAGGUAAGUGAUGCAGUAGUUCAGCCGUACAAUACAGUACUGGCUUUACGACGACUAAAAGAGUGUGUAGAUGGAGUGGUGGCUAUGGAUAAUGGGGCUUUAUCUCGAGUGGUUGGUGAUGCUUUAAAAGUCUCUUCCCCGACUUUUGUUCAUACUAACCGACUGGCUUCAGCUGUAGUUGCGGCUGCUACGGGUACUUUGCGCUUCCCUGGCAGUCGGUUUAAUGAUUUAGCUACUUUACUAUCAAUGGCUGCCCCUGUGCCUGGCUGCCACUUUUUAGUCCCUUCUUAUUCGCCCUUAGUAGAGCCAGGAGCAGUUGUAGUUCGUAAAACGACUUGUUUAGAUGUACAACGCCGACUAGUUCAGCCUAAAUCACGACUAGUUACUUUUGAAGAGAGUGAGUCUAAUUAUAUGCUAGCUGCAGUUAAUAUCAUGACGGGUGUAGAUGCCAUGGAGAUUGAAAAAAGUAUGGUCCGAUUACGUCAGAAAGGGAGUUUACGUUUUGCCCCUUGGGCUCCAGCAUCGAUUCAAGUUGGUAUUAAUCAGGCAGCCGAUCAAAAUGUCUCUGGGUUGUUGCUCAGUAAUACGACUGGGAUUGGUCGGGCCUUACAAAGAAUUGCUUCGCAGUACGAUAGGUUGAAGAAGCGCAAUGCCUUUCUGGAUAUGUAUCGCCGGGAAGGUCAGGAAUAUGUUGAGGAGUUUGAGCCGGCUCGUGAAUCUUUGCAAUGGGUGAUUGAUGAGUACCGCCGGGCCGAAUGUUCAGACUACCCCACCCGCACAAGUUUCCCAGGUCCUGAAGAGUCGGUGGUAGAAAGAGUAUCAGAUACGUCGAUAAGUCCAUGUCCUCAAUAA